CACAAGAAGAGAUGUCAAUUAUUAAUGAGCCGAGUAUCAUGUUCUGCCUCAAGUGGAGAGCUUUUGUUUAUUAAUCAGUGUUGCCAGCUUGCCUUUUUAUCACACGGCAGACUGCCGGUGAGAGCAAAGUAGCGAGGAAGGGUGUGUUGUUGGAGAGACCGCGUACUUAUAGUCACUGUACUUAUUCAGUGCACAUUCCUCAAAGAUAAUGUGAGGGAGCUCAGCGAUGAACAAGCUACGGCAGAGCUUCCGCCGGAAGAAAGACGUCUACGUGCCGGAGUCGAGUCGGCCGCACCAGUGGCAGACGGACGAGGAGGCCGUGCGCAGCGGCAAAUGUAGCUUUGGCGUCAAGUACCUGGGACACGUGGAGGUGGAAGAGUCCCGAGGCAUGCACAUCUGCGAGGAUGCAGUGAAGCGGCUCAAGACGGAAAGGAAAUUCUUCAAGGGAUUCUUUGCAAAAGCUGGGAAGAAGCCAGUGCGCGCUGUGCUGUGGGUGUCAGCGGACGGCCUGCGCGUCGUCGACGACAAAACCAAGGACCUGAUCCUGGACCAGACGAUAGAGAAGGUGUCGUUCUGCGCUCCGGACCGGAACUUCGAGAGGGCGUUCUCUUACAUCUGCAGAGACGGCACCACGCGGCGCUGGAUCUGCCACUGUUUCAUGGCCGUGAAAGACUCAGGAGAGCGCCUCAGCCACGCUGUGGGCUGCGCCUUCGCCGCCUGUCUGGAGCGGAAACAGAAACGGGAGAAGGAGUGUGGGGUCACGGCCACCUUCGACGCCAACAGGACCACCUUCACCCGCGAGGGUUCGUUCCGCGUGACCACAGCGACGGAGGCGGCGGAGCGGGAGGAGGUCAUGAGGCAGCUACAGGACGCUAAAAAAGCAGAGACGGACGUGAAGGUCACCGGUAACUCGGCCACCGGCGUGACGAACCCCUCGGUGCACCCGGCGGGAGGCUCCCCGUCCCCCUCGUCCUCGCCGCCCCCCUCCAUGGCCUCCCUGGGGCCCCAGGUGAUACCGCGCAGACACGCUCCGGCCGAGGCUCUGGCCAGGCAGGGCUCCUUCCGAGGCUUCCCGGUCCUCAGCCAGACGACUUCUCCCUUCAAGCGGCAGAUGUCGCUGCGCAUGAACGAGCUGCCCUCCACCAUGCAGCGCAAGUCCGACUUCCCCAUGAAGAACACGGUCGCUGAGGUGGAAGGAGAGAGCGACAGCAUCAGCUCGCUGUGCACUCAGAUCACCUCGGCCUUCAGCGGACCCCCGGACCCUUUCUCCUCAGCACCGAUGCCUAAACCCGCCUCGUCACCCCAGUCUCCUGUGGCACCAGUGAACGGUGCAUCUCCUGCCUUCUCUGCUGCUGCUGCUGCUAACCCCCCAGUUCUGCCCCCCGCUCUGCCUGCUCGAGACACUAACCCCUGGACUAAAACUCCAGCAGGAGUCCCGCCCUCAGCACAGCCAGGAAGUAACUGGUCAUCUCCUACUCCGGUGAUAGUGGUCCCCCCCGCGUCCUCCCCGUCCAUGUCCUCCCACAGACGCACGCCGUCAGAAGCAGACCGGUGGUUAGAAGAAGUCACCAAGUCGGUCCGAGGGCCGCCGGCCAACCCCAUCAUGGCCGCAGCCCCGCUACCCGCCCACUUCGCUGCCCCUGUGGUGAUGCCCGUGGUGCCCGUUGUCUCCCUCACCCCGCCGCCCUUCAUGUCCCCUCUGCCCUCUGCCGUGCCCAUGUUGCCCCCCCGCCAGCCCGCCUUCCACGCUCAGGCCCCGGUCUCCUACCCGAUGGCCAACGGGCUGCCGUUCCCUCAGCCCAGCGUGCCCGUGGUGGGCAUCACUCCUUCCCAAAUGGUGGCCAACGUGUUCGGCUCAGCCACGCAGCCGCCGCCGCCGUUCCCCGUCCCGGCCUCCGUGACCCCCCAGCACGACCCCAAGGCCGUCUGCCACGUCAGCCCGUUCAUCAAGCCCCCGCCGUCCAUCGCGGCGGCCCCCGCACCCUUCCAGCCGUCCAACGGCAGCGCGACCUUCAACGGGGGGGACAACUGGGCCGCUCGGUCGCAACUCGCUCCGUCCUCCCCUUUCACCCAGCCCCCCCCGGAGCCGCCACAAGACGCCUUCGAGGCCCAAUGGGUGGCCCUGGGAGGGCCGCUCGCGCCAGCGCACCACGCCCUCCCCCACGAAUCCCUUCUCCACGGAGCUGCACAAGACCUUUGAGAUCCAGCUGUGAAGACUGUGUCUGAGAUUAGAAAGUACUGGACAAUAGGCAGGUCAUUUUAGUCGGGCGGUGGGACGAGCUCAUCGGGACCGAAAACAAGUGGGAGACGGAGGAGAGCAGCGGGGAGCGGAACUCCUCCCCCGCCGUUACCCAGGGUGCAGCUCACCAGGCACUCAUUAACAUUGUUCUGUUUUGUUUGUGCUGCGCAGCACAAGCUCGCCGCUACCCAGGUGGAACAUCUGUACCACAUCCAACCCACCCUGUGAGACCCCCCCCUCCCCCCUCCCCUCCUCACCUACACAGCCCACAUUUGCUCGCUCAGGCUCCCAGUCGACAGGACGAGACGCCCUCACAUGGUUGAGGAACUGCAGCACUGAGAGAACUCAGCUUCCAGAUGAGAAGUUCCCAGUCCGAAGAAUAGAGUGAGACGAUGCCAAAAUCUUUAUUUUUAUGCAUUAAGUAUAUUUUAAAUAGCUUUGGAAUCUUAACAGAUGAGUUGUAAGUAAUCGUGCCAAAGGCACAGGCUAGCUACAAUGAGACAAGUUUAUGUUUGUGUAUACAAGAAAUGGCCGUAUAUAUUAUACAUAAAUAUAUAUAUCUAUAAAGAAUCUAUACUGUACACACAGCUCACAGCAGUGCUAAUUUUUUAUGUGAUGUAAAGAGAUUGUGUGAAGGGACAGCUGCUUUUACCUUUGUGUUUGUUUUAUUUUUUGAAGAAAAAUCUCUUUAUUGCUGUCUGUUGCAUCCUGUGAUUGGAUGCGAAGCAUCUCACUGUAAAUAUGGUAUCAUUGCAGCAACAAUCAAUGUGGACCUAGCGAUGGUGGUGGUACCCAACUGGUUGCCUCUCUUACCUGUGCUCAGUUUUAAUAGAUUAUAGUACCCAUCAGUACUUAUCGAUUGACUUCUUCUGUCUUUGUCGUCAUCCUUUUUAUUUUUGUGUGUGUGGUAAUGAUCUUGUUUUUUUAUUUAACACGGUAGGAUUUAAUCUCCUGUCUCUCCACCUCUUAUAUUAUUUUUUUAAGCAGUAGUAUUUCUUAAUUUUUAUUUUGCACAAGAACUCAAGUAGAUGAUUUGACCUCACAGGUGACGUUGAACAGAGUCAGUCAGCCGAGGUGCUGCGGCGGCUCAGAAGCGCCUGAGCUCAGCGCCCUGCGUUGUGGUUCUGACUGUCAGCAGGAAACUACAGGGAGAUGAUUUUCAUCUCUCACUCUGUCUGAUUUCGCUCUGUCAUGUUUUUGUUUUUAAAUCAAUCCUGUGAAUAUGAUCUAUUAUCGGAUCUAUUUUUCCAUUUGUAAUUAUUUCAUUACUUUAUUCCACUUCUUUGGAGAAAUAUUGAAGCUAAAAGAUUGAAUAAAUUGAUGGUGAUAAAGGACAAA